UCGUAGUGAUGGUUUAUCUUUCUCUUCUUCUUGUCAACACUUUCAGACUCUAUGACGGUGCGGAGAGGAAAGAAGCUCAGCAUCUCCAUCCAGGAACACAUGGCCAUUGACGUUUGCCCCGGCCCCAUCAGACCCAUCCGACAGAUCUCCGCCUACUUCCCCCGCCGGUCCCCCACCUCCCCCGGCCCCGUGUCCCCGAACCCGGCCUCCUCCCCACUGGCCCUCAGCCCCGGCUUCGUGGCUCCCGGGAUGGGCGGGGCUCACCUCUUGUCUCCUCUGCUGGCUCACGGCCGGCACGGCGGUGGCGGCGGGUCUUUGUCUCUGACCAGCAGCGUGGAGACGUCGGUGGAGAUCAACAGCUCCGACAGCGACGACUGCACUGCUCUGGGAACGCUGGAGUUUGAGCUGAGAUACGAGCGCAGCUCCAGUGAGCUGCACUGCACUGUGCUCCGGGCGAAGGGUCUGAAGUCGAUGGACUUCAACGGUUUGUCCGACCCGUACGUCAAACUCCACCUGCUGCCCGGAGCCUGUAAGGUGAGACACGACCUCGUCAGACUGACCCUGAAGAAGUCUUCAUAAAUACUGCCCUCACAAUACUAAAUAUUCAAAUUAUCUUUUUACUUUCACUCAUUUGACCAACUUCACUACCACAGAAUA